AUGGCCGACGUCAAAGGAGAUGCCGAGGCCUUGGUUCCAAAAUUUAAAUUUGAGCGUAUUCUCAACCAAGACCAAGCUGGCCGGCGCACAUCGCUACAUGGCACCAUUGAAGAGCAGCCGGCGCUGCUGAUCCUCGAGCGCGCCUCGUUCCCGAGCUCGGCCGACUACCUAGGCGCCGUCGCCGGCAGCCUGCGCACGCUCAAGAACCUCGGCGCCAACGACAUCUACCACUGGUACCUGGCCAACAGCGGCAGCAUUAAGCCCGCGGCCACCAGCGAGAAUGAUUCCACCGACGACAGUGACGUCUCCUUUGCCGAUCUCAAGAUCAAUCUGAUCUGGCCCUGCACCGAGAAGCACGUCAAGAAGUACAGCAAGCAGGGCGUGCGCUACGUGACCGAGACGCCCGCCAUCUACCGCGACCACGUGCGCCCGUACAUGCAAGCGCAGCGCGAGGCCGGCCGGCUCAACUGGGCCUUCAACAUCAUCGAGGGCCGAAAGGAAGCCGAGGACGUCAUCUACCGGACGCCGUUCGGGCAGGCCGAGCCAGCCGACGAAGGCUUCCUGCUGCUGCCCGACCUCAACUGGGACCGCAAGACGCUCGACACGCUGCACCUUCUGGGCCUGGUGGAGCGGCGGGACCUGUGGAGCCUGCGCGACCUGCGCAAGAAGCACAUCCCCUGGCUCCGGCACAUCAAGACCAAAUUUAUCGAGGCCACCACGGCCCUCUACCCGACCGUCGAGCCCGACCAGCUCAAGUUGUACUUCCACUACCAGCCCACCUACCACCACCUCCACAUCCACAUCGUGCACGUGGCCCUCGAGGCCGGCGCUACGCAGGCAGUCGGCAAGGCAGUCGGCCUCGACAGCGUCAUCGACCAACUCGAGGUCAUGCAGGGGGACGACGACGCGGGCAUGGACGCUGUUACAUUAUGCUACACUCUGGGUGAGGCGAGUGACCUGUGGGUCGACGUCUUCGAGCCCCUCAAGCUCAAGGUGGCCGCAGAAGCGAUAGCAGAAGAUCAAAAAUGA